AUGAAUUCGCAACGUGGUUCAUCAAGGCGCGGUCGUGGAUCGUCAUCUUCGUCUGGCCGUGGUCGUGGUACCUCGUCUUCUAGUCGUGUUCGACGUGGACGUGGCCGCGGUCGUGGAUCAUACUACAACCGCUCCAACGGUGCAACCUCUAACUCAUCUUAUCGAGCACUGCGACAGCAGUCGGUCACUCCUUCGACUGCUUCAAGGCUGACAACCCCGAACCCGUCCAUCGACUCCCGACAAGGUUCGUCCGUUCCAAGUGUAGUGCAUCGGCUACCUCGACAACCAACAACCUCAGCUACAUCGUCCCUUCGCCGAGACAACUUCGACGACGAUGCCAGUGACGAGACACUGGACGAAAUCGUUAUGGCAGUUGACUGGAAGCCCCGUGGUACCGUUGGUUGUGCUUAUUACGUUGCCGCACAGGAGAAGUUGUACUUCAUGGAAGACAUCGAGUUAGGCGGUUUAGACAUCAUCGAAGCUCUGAAGAUAUUCAUUGAGCCUACUAUAAUCCUUGUCUCAUCCAAAGUCGACGAUACCGUGCUGGACAAGCUUGAGCCAGAACGAAGAAACAUGAGUGAUGGAGAUAGUACAGCAUAUGGCAUGCCCGCUUUGUGCUCGCCCCGCCCUGUGUCCGAGUUUUCCUACGAAUCAGCCAAAGGCAGGCUUGCAGGUCUCAAGCUAGAUCGUGAGGAUGGGCCCAAGAUCACAUUUGUUACCCCCGGAGAUCUUAUUGCCGAGAGUAACGAAGAACACAUAGCUGGAGAUACUGCUGUCGAGAGCCGCCAAGGACAGUUGCUUAGACUGGCUGGUUGGAUUGAUGUCGACAGUAGGGUGACUGUCGGUUGUGCUGGUGCAAUCCUUGCCUACAUUCAUCGCAAACGAGCAGCGACCUUCUUGCCUGGCGAUGCUGCUGCUCAGGCAAUGCACCGUAUCUCAACGAUUGAGAUGUUUACACUUGCUGGAUCUAUUCUCAACAUGGACGUCAUCAAUGAGCGCCUUGACACUAUCAGCUUCCUGCUCCGUGCAGAUAACUCAGAACAAAUGGAAACACUGAUCAAGAACCUGAGCAAGAUCAAGAACAUGAGGACCGUUAUGAUCAAACUCCGCAAAGGCAUCAGCGACGCUGGAGUAAGCAAAAGAGGCCCACCCAACUUCAUCUGGAGUGGCAUUCGCCUAUUUGCAUACCAUGCCUUGCAAAUCAAAGACUGCUUCCAGGAAAUCGUAGGCGGAGAACGACUCGCGAUUCGAAACAAAGUCAUGGAACAGUUCCAUGGUGUUCAACUUGCUGAAGUUGGCAAGAGCAUCACUGAAGUCAUUGAUUUUGAACUCUCCCGAGAUCAAGGUCGCAAUGUUGUUAGACAGGGUGUGGAUCAUGACCUUGAUGAGCUCAAACGAACCUAUGAAGGACUCGAGAGUCUUCUAAUCCAAGUUGCUCAGCACGUCGCCCAAUCAGUACCUGAAGACUUGAACGCAAACAUCAAUGUUGUAUUCUUUCCUCAAAUCGGGUUUUUGAUUGCGAUACCUCAGGACCCAAUAACUGGUCACGGAAUCUUCGAAGGGCCCGGGGACGACCCAUGGGAGAAGAUGUUCACCACUGAAGACUUUGCCUACUACAAGAACGAGAAUGUCAUCGAGAUGGACUCGUACUUCGGAGACAUAUAUGGACGCAUCUGCGAGAUUGAAAUCAUUCAUGAGCUUGCAGAGAAGAUAUUGCAGUACGAGGACCUUCUCACAACAGCGUCUGAUACAGCANUCCUAGCCCUGGCACAGGGAGCUAGAAACCACAAUCUUGUACGGCCACGACUGACAGAAUCAAACAUUCUAGAUAUCAGAGGCGNNGGAGGUCAGUCUGUAUACUCACUGAAUAUCAUAACCUCGAUGCUUACCCAUGAAAGACAUAUUCUGCAAGAAAAGGUCGUAUCGAACUUCAUUCCCAAUGACACUCUCCUCGCGGGCGGCGAAGGCGAGUCAGUGGGUGAACAUCAAGAACACUCGUCCUUAGCACCCCAAUAUCGCACGGAAGAUGGCAGCGUAGUACCAAGUAUGAUCUUGGUGACAGGACCAAACUUCUCGGGCAAAAGUGUCUACCUCAAGCAAGUAGCCAUCAUCGUGUUCAUGGCACACACUGGAAGCUUUGUACCGGCGACCAAAGCGGACAUUGGUCUCACAGACAAAAUCAUGACACGAGUGGCAACUCGAGAGAGCGUUUCAAGGGUGAGUCUUGCAGCCGUACUUAGGAACAACGAGACUGACUCGAUCAGANACCAAAGUGCCUUCAUGAUUGAUCUGCAGCAAAUAUCCGUGGCAUUGAACCUGGCCACCAACAGGAGCUUGCUAAUCAUCGACGAGUUUGGCAAGGGUACCGAUUCACAUGAUGGUGCAGGACUGGCUGCCGGCGUCUUCAACCAUCUGCUCGAANAAGGAGACCAUUGUCCGAAAGUUAUAGGCGCGACACACUUUCAUGGUAUCGGCUUCCUCCUUCCCCAUGAGCGUCUCGCUUUUGGCCAUUUCGAAGUCCGUGUGGAUCCACAAUCACAGCAGAUCGAUGAGCAGUUGACAUAUCUCUACAAGCAAGUCCAGGGAAUCAAAGACCGAGGAUUACACGUUACUAAUGCCAAUCUANGCUAUAAACAAGGACGCAGUAACAACAGUUAUGGCACUGUCUGUGCAGCCUUGAACGGUAUAUCAUCUGAGGUCACCAACAGAGCCGAAGAGCUCAUCCUACUCGCUGCUAGAGGAGAAGACCUAGUCGCAGCGUGUGCGAUGCUGUCAGAGAGUGAGACAAAGGAUCUCGAGGAGGCGGUACGUGAUGGUCGUAAAAAGAGGACAAGAGAUCGCUUGCUAACUGACGAUGCAGNNGAGGAUAUUGCCAGAGCCUUUUUCACCAUGCAGAUCUCCGAGGACCCCAAAGAGUCUCUGAAGGAGCUGCUUGGAAUUGAGUGA